UGUUGCACUAAACACGCCAUUUUGAGCUUGGCUUGGCAAAGAGAAAACACAUCACUUUUUCACUUCCACUGAUGAAUUUAUUUCAAUCUCGUGUGUGACGAUGUAUUGUUAAAAAGAAUUAUCACGCUUAAAUCGAAAAUGUCAUACAUUUGCAUGAAUGCUUUAUGAAAAGGUUAAGAAUUUAUUGGACUUCAUGUUGAGGUUUUUUGGAAAGGAGUUUCCCACGUCAUUCAUCGUGAGAAGAGCAUCGCUGGAGUUGGUCUUUGUACUUACAGCUUUGAAUCUCUACGUUACAGUAAAUGCAGAAGCAAAUGUACGAAUUCAACCAUUCACCUUUCCCCAAAAAGUUGAAGAGGGAGAACAAGUACAGAUCACGUGUGGUGUUAAAGCCGGAGAUGAUCCAAUUGAAUUUUCUUGGUUUAAAGACAAUAAAAUUCUCCAAACCGGGAAUAUUUGGACCAUACAUAACCAUGCUCGUGUUUCUUUACUUAUAAUUAAUGACGUAAAGGUGACAGCUUCAGGGAACUACACUUGUUUGGCCAAGAACAAGUAUGGGGAAGAAGGUUUUACCUCCGAACUUCGAGUUAAAGGCCCACCUCAAUGGAAGAAUAAACCCAAAAACCAAGUUGCCAACAAUGGAGAAACUGUUGUUUUCAGUUGUACCGCAUACGGUUUUCCAACGCCAAAUAUUCAAUGGUGGAGAAUUAUUGAAAACGAAAAGGUUCUUCCUUUAUCAUCCUCCGGCCAACCUCUUAAAGAUAAUGGAGGCGUACUUAUCAUUGAAGAACUUACUGAAGCUGAUGAUGGACUCUUCAGAUGUGACGUAUCUAACGGCAUUGGAGAUUUAUCUGCUGUUGUAACUCUAAAGGUUAAAGUGACGAGUGGAUUGCCCGUUUCAAUACUGUUCCCUUUCUUCCUUCUCGUGAGCUGGUCUUCUUCUGAAGAAACUGUUAAAAUUCGUCCAUUUAGUUUUCCCGAAGGUGUAGAAGAAGGCGAAGAAGUACAAGUAGUUUGUGGAUUAAAAGAAAGGGACGGAAAUGUAAAAUUUUCAUGGGUGAAAGACGGUUUAAUAUUAAAGUCUCGAGAAGGAUUUAACAUUCAUUCUACUGAUAAGUUUUCUGUUCUUACCGUGACAAAUGUCCACAGCAUAGAAUCAGGAAAUUACACCUGUAAGGCCGAAAAUUCAGCGGGAAGAGAUAUCUACACAGCCGAGCUCCUAGUUAAAGGACCUCCAUCGUGGCAUUUGAAGCCAUCAGACACCUCUGUUAAUCUUGGUGACACUGUAAGGAUUCCGUGUAGAACAUUUGGUUUUCCAACUCCAAGAAUAACGUGGACGAACGAGAACGGUGGCAUUUGGAAAGAAAUACCUGGGAAUACAAUUCCAAAUCGAGUUUAUGUUCUCGAUGGUACACUUGUCAUGGAAACUGUUAAAGAAGAAGACAACGGUCUCUAUGCUUGUAAAUCCUGGAAUGGCAUCGGUGAAGAAUUACAGAAGACAAUACGACUAAAUACAAUAGUACCUGCUAGGUUUGAGGAAAAAUUCGAUGUUAAAAGAAUCCACCGUGGCGACUCUGCAAAGUUAGAAUGUGAUGCACGAGGUGAUAACCCUAUGACUAUUACCUGGAACAAAGAUAAUAUUCGGCUCUCGAGGGUGGACACUAGCCGCUACCAGAUAUUUGACAGAACAACAGAAGGGGGAAUGUUGUCUGAGAUUCAAGUUCACGGCGUGGACCGCAGUGAUAAUGGUCUGUUUACUUGUUUAGCAAAGAAUACGUAUGGCGAAGACCAAAGAACUAUAAAAAUGAUUGUCCUUGAACCACCUUCAGCCCCAUCAGAUGUUCGUGUUGACCAAGCAUGGAGUAGAAGUAUUAGUGUCACCUGGACAGUGCCCUAUAGUGGAAAUAGCCCCGUCAACAAAUACUUAAUUCAGUAUUGGAGAAAUCAAGGUGCUCCACAUCGACUAGAAGAAGUGACUGUUUCUUCAGCACAGACUUCAACAAUACUUCGAGAACUUCAACCAGGAACAUCAUAUGUAGUACGAGUGAUAGCAGAAAACAAUGUAGGGAAAGGAACCCCAUCAGAAAACCGACGUUUUCUUACAAAGGAAGAAGAACCAAGUGCCCCACCUACUGAUGUACAAGUUGAAGCCAGAGGAGCUGGUACUUUUCAUAUCAAAUGGAAGGCACCAUCAAAGGACCACUGGAAUGGGCAACUGAAGGGCUAUUAUGUUGGCUACAAAGAAAAGGCUUCAACUGAUUCUUAUUCUUACAAACUUGUACCAUUUAGUGAAGGUCUUGCAGAAGAAUACUUACUUCGACACUUGCUUAAAAAUACAGAGUAUGGUAUUGUAGUUCGGGCUUUCAAUGAUGCAGGUACAGGACCUGAAUCUCAAGAAAUUCUAAAGAGAACCAAAGAUUCAGAUCCACCACCACCUCCAUCCCUGUGGGUCAGUGCUCAGUCAGAAACCACUAUUACUAUCAAUUGGGAACAGUCUUCAGACAUAAUCUCACAUUACAUCUUAUUUUACAAAGAAGACUCUGGCACAUGGACUGAAGUAACUAUUCCUCAGACAGAAAAGAAGGUUUAUACCCUGCAGGGGCUCAGGGCUGGAAGUGUUUAUCACCUUUAUCUCCAAGCUGCUAGCCAGAUAGGAAACAGUAACCCAAGUGAGACUGUUUCAGUGAAGACAGACGGAGCAAAAGGUCCGAUGAAAUGGAAUUUUCAUGCCGUAAUCACGGGAGAGGAAGAACUGCCUGUGUACCUUCGUUUACCGGUUCUGGCGCCAUUAGCAGCUUCUGUAGCCAUCAUAGUCUUUGCCCUUGUUUUGUCUUGUGUGUAUGUGAAGAAGGAACAGAGACGAUAUAAUAGGGCAAUGGAAGCAGUGACCGAGAAAAUCUACCCGUACAGCAUGAAUGGCACCCUGCCCCAUCGAUAUGUAGAUCUGGAGAAAACCCGACCAUUGUUACAACCACCUCCACCACCUCCAAUGUUCCCACUGCCUCCUCCACCACCACCAGAUGACUACCCUGCUUCCUCUUCUACGUUACCGGUGAAUGGUAAUAACAAUAAUUCCGGUGACAGAAGGAGGUUAAAGAAAGGAAGAGAACCCAAGUCUAAUGAGGGUUCAAUUGACAGCCGACGGCAAGGGGGUGGAAACAUGAUCCAAGAACGAGCGGAAGUGCACCACUACGACGAAGCAGCGUGAGAUAGGUUUUAAAAAUCACGUGAGUUCUCACUAACGUAUCACGGCCCUAGAUGUUGUGAAGUUUUGUUGCUUGUUUAUCUUCUUUCUCGAUGUGGGUGUGUUCGAUUGAGUGUUAUGGGUUACCAUGACGACCAGUAACAUGCCUAUUAUACUCAUCACUAGAAAUUUUGUAUUUUCUCGAGUGACGGAAUUGCCGUACCAACGCCGUAUUUGUUUUGUUAACUCGAAUGAUGACGUCAUCUCCGGUCAACAAACAGUAAGAAGAAAAGCAAAUAGUGAUUGAACAGCAGAAGGUAACUUGUAGGAUGUGGCGAAAUGGGAUUUUAGUAGCAAAAAAAAACAAUGGCUCUUAGUUUUACUAUUAAUACAAUAUGAAUCUCAAAUGCCAUACAUAUGUAAUCCAACAACCAGUAGUGAUUUUGAUCCGAUCAUAUUUGUUUAGUACUCUUUAUAUGAUCAACCCCAUCUAUACAUAUUUUCGCCCCAGCCACUUCUACACGCAAUAUAAAGUUGAUGUUUUAAAUAUUUGAUGCAAUACAACAGCGUCACAAUAUCAUGCCUAGUAUUCGUGGGGAUACUUGAAAAAUCACAGAAAAAUUACUUAAGUAGAGGUGAUAGGGAAACACAUUUCUGCAAGGUAAUCGGACUCCCACCUCCCUCUCCCUAGCUUGAGUGGCGGAAGUUUUUCUAGAAAAUAUAUUAUCUGUCUCCCAGUUAGUCCGUUUAUUUGGAUAAACACAGACACCCACACAUUACAGGUAAAGAGAGGAUUCCAUCCAGCAAAACUGUGUAUCGCUAUGAGAGGACUUGGUGUAUAUGCUUUGAUAUAUUAAUUCCUGAAAGUUAUGAAAAGAUGACGUCAUUCUCCGUGUAGACUUCACAGGACGGUGUCACUUUAAAGUUGCUCAUUGCUGUGGUCGUAAUAAUGCAUUUCUUGAGGGCCAAUCUUUUAGUCUCAUUUCAUUACUGAAUAAUGAGAGGCGUUCAUAUGGGCCAUCCUUUCUUUUGUCUAUUUUGGGUGUUGCUGUGUGUGUGUAUUUCAAUAUUGCAGCCGUUCUUAAUUAAGCCUUACGGUUGCCUGAUGUAGUGACGUAUACUGAUAUCUGUAGUUGCUUAUGGGCCAAUGAUGUAGUGACGUAUACUGAUAUCUGUAGUUGCUUAUGGGCCAAUGAUGUAGUGACGUAUACUGAUAUCUGUAGUUGCUUAUGGGCCAAGAUGAUUUUUUCAGGAAAUGAUAAAACCUGAAAAUCACGCAAGAUGUUACAGUACCCAUUUUAUAAGCAUGAUAGGUGGUUGUUUGAUUAUGUAAAAUCUAUAGAGUAUAGCUUAACAGACAGGCUCCUGACCUCUACGAUACUUAUAACUUAUUACUUCUUAUACUUUAUAUAUUUUUUAACUUCGAUAUCGUAAAAAGAAUAUACAUAAAGUGACUUUUGGACAUAGUAAAUCAUACUGCUAUUGCUGUUUUUCGGAAGAUAAAUGUAACAUCAAAACACUCUUCCUUUCUAUCACGUUUUCUGUGUUGUAGACGUAGUAUUGAUAUUGUAGCACAUUUGUAAACUUUGAAAAAUCAUUUGCCUGUAAUUAUUUCAGGUACUAUUUAUUGCUUCUUUUCUGUAAACUAUAAAUGCGAAUGAGUAACAGUUGUUGUUAUCAUGCUCUAUUUUACAUAAAGAUCUUAAAGGGUUCGACUUGUCAAUUACGAAAGAUUUUAUUAUCAAAGAAAAUAAUUGAAAGAAUAAUUUUACUUUAGUUUACUAUUUAUUGUUUAGUAGAGAUACGCAAAAUGUGAAUUAUGAUUCUUUUUUGGAAAUUGAUAUUUAAUUUUCUCAAGGUUUUCAUGAUAUUCAUUUAGACAUUUUUUAAUAUUUUGUAUGUAAUAUUUAUCAAGUGCAGUAGGUGUUUAAUUCUGUAUAUUUGUUUCUUUCAAAUAGAGGCAGCACACUGCAGCUUUCAGUAAAAGGCCAAUGUAAUUAAUAUUAUUUUCAAAAAUUCAUAUAGGUAUUUUAUAUCUUAUAACUAUGAAGUUUUAAACUUUACAUCUCCCAGUAACUUUAUUUAUUGUAGUGGAAAGAACAAAGCGCUAUUACUACUUGGUUAUUAUACAGUAUUGAUCUGUUUCAUUAUCAGCGAUGACAUGAGUCAUGGUUUUAUAACUUAGAAGCUUAGCGAAAGUUUUCAACAUCAAAACUCAGUAAAAGCAAUAGCUUGGUUCAGUCACUUUUUGUUAUCAAAAUAUGUUCACUAUUAACUUCUACGAAGCAAAAAUUAUGAAAAACGAAAACUGGGAUGUUUUUUAGAAAUUCAAUUUCAGUCCUUUCUACUCUAUAAUCUAGCUCAGAUUUUUUCCCCUGUGAUAAUACUGACACUACAGAAUAAUAACACAAAACGAUCGAUAGAUAACACAUGAUUGGUCCGUAGCAGUUAUUGACAUGACAACAAGAAAACCUUUCAAUGUUCAUUCCCAGAAUCCUCAGAAUAUUUCCAGUUUUCUCUUUACAGUUUCUUUGACAUAAAAGCAAACAUUUUUCGCGUGAAUGUUUCAAAAUCAGAACUUGUGUAAUCCAUUGUAUUUCUUUGUUUGUAAUUUAAAUAUAAAUGCUUAUCGAUCGCUUGUUUUAGGGUUAAUGUUAUGCUCCCACAACAUGUACUUAACGUAACACUUACUGUCGUUUAUAGCCCGUAACUUAUCUUUCAGUAUUUAAACAUUUUCAGGGGACUAUUUUUUAGGAGUGGCGGUUUACAAUGAGAGGACGAAUGUCGCCAAUUUCGUCCAGGGUCUGCAAACGAACAGUAUAGAUACUUAAACUAUCGCUACGUAUUAAACAUGUCAUUUUACACCUCGUGUUAGAAGCAAACACGCUGAAAACAGUAUCUAUAUUCAGUAGAAACAUUCUUGAUAUUAUAUUUUCACUUAACAGUAUCCAACUCGUCUAUCAAAUGAUACAGUUACCAUGGUAACUCAAGCAAGAUGUUAACAUAUGAUGGUGCUGUAAAACUGUUAUUUGUACAUAAUUAUUUUGUGUGUUCAUAUUUUUAUCACGAGAAUAACCCUUACGCGUGUGAUGGACAGCAUUGUUACUCGUAUCCUGUCUAUAAAAUAGCUACAUUUUAGGUAAAACGAAAUCUCUGUUGUGAAUGUACAUUAUUUUAUAAUCGCGUUAUUUCCAUACACGAAUAGUCUUCUCAAGAAAAAUAUUCGAGACACGGUAUAUAAAAUUCACUUAAAAGCUAAUUUAAUUUCCACGGCGUUUCGGAAUUAGAUCCCUUGGUCCCUAAACGGUUGGGGGGGGGGGGGGGUAGGGGGUGGAGAAUUAGAUUGGUUUUAAAGUGAAUUUUAUUUACCGUGUCUGUUAUUUUUCGAGAGAAUACUAUUUUUUAUACAAUAUUUUCGACGUUUUGUGAGCCUUAUCCAUUUUCUUUAGUUAUUGUCAGUUAUUAAGUUUCGUUUCUGGUCUUUGUUGUUAAUUGUUUAUUAUGCAAUAUGUAUACUAUACGUGUAUUCCUCUGUCAGCUUGUACCACAUUAGACUUCAUAAGAGUCUAUAGUCCAUUCUUUUUUUAGAUUGCUUUAUUUGUGUAAAUUUUCAAAAAUUGAAUUAAAAACUUACCCAAACUUCAGAAAAACAAA